AUGGAAACUCUUAGGGGGGAAAUUAAACCCAACGUAAUUCCUAAAAACGUUUACCAAGAAGAAUUCGUGAAGAGGUACAAUGUUUUUUUAGAAAAGAGCCAUCAAAAUAAGAGGGAAUUGGAAAAUCUCCGCUGUCUUCUGCCAUCAGUAAUUCAAACACUUCAUAUUCCAACCSAUGUGUGCAGCGUGUUAAGCGUUGGAUCUGGGAAUGGAGAUGUUGACUUGGAAGUACUAAAAAUCAUAAGGGAAGCUUCUCAAAAAAAGGUGUACUGCCGAGCCAUUGAGCCGUGUGAGUAUUUUUUGAACAUGUACAAGAAAACUCUUGAACACCUGGAACACAUUGAUGGCACCRAAGUUGAUGUCAAYGAACCCAAAACAUUUCGAGAGUACAUGGCAGAGCCUAAGACUGAACGAGGCCUGUUUGACGUGGUGCAUUUUAUCCACUCUAUUUACUACAUGGAUUUUGAAGAGGCUUUGACUCACUGCUACGAGAAAGAACUGGGAGAAAGGGGGAUAAUCAUGUGUGUGGCAGCUUUUGACRACGACAUCGUGCAUGAGACUAAACGAAACGUCUCCAAGCUUACUUCAAAUGGAAACAUACUACAAGUCAUCGAGAACAAGGGUUGGAAGUACCAGGAGUACAAAGACGAGUACUUGUUGGAUGUAACAGAAAUCAUAAAUGAUCAGCAAUCAGAGACUGGAAACUUUCUGCUGGAUUUCUUCACUCAUACGAUUAAUUUUCGUAACACCGUCAAUCAGCCGAAGGUGAAAGAAAUCCUGGAUCUUAUUGMCGACUUGUCGAUWGAUAAAGACRGAAAACGAUUUUGCAAGAAGGUCGACAAUUACACCUUCAUAUUUAAGUAAAAGAUUGGUAUGAAAAAACACGAUAUUCUA